AUGGACAAAAUGCUAUUCUCCUUCUUGAGACUCUGUUUUGUUCUACUUACGGUAUGGACAACUUGGGUUGCGGCCGAUUUUGCGCUGUAUGAAAACUAUGAUGAAGACGCCUUGAUUGCUGGGCUCGCUCUGAGUAGUACGUGUCUUGCAGCACUAAACACCACCGUCACUUGCAAUGAAACCGCUGUUGGCCUAUUAGGGCACGGGGCAGACAUCCAUUUCUGGACGACUACUGAUGUGAACAACCUCUGCACCACAGACUGUGUCUCGUCUCUGAGUUCCUGGAAGGAUAAUGUUGCAACAGUCUGUGCAGAAGAGACCACAAUCCAGGGCAAUGUCGUGGUCAAAGCGAGGGCGCUGCCACUGACUUUUACCUACAACUCUGAUCUCGUAUGCAUGCAGGACAGUUCAUCAAAUUGGUGUUUCUUGGACUCUCAGACAUGGCAAGGAAGUGACUAUAUUCGGUGGGAUCCAACAAUGUGCUUCACCAAUGGUGAUGAUAACAGCACAGUCGCGCUUCAAUGUGCCGAUCCUGAUUUUGAUAUCGGUGAUAUCAGUGAUGACAUGGCCGCUCUAACUAAUUUGUAUGACAAGGAAUUGUUCUGCAAUGAGUGUUUCUUGAAUCUGUAUCGGCAACGUCUCCUGGAUCCUUGGCUACCAGUUACCAAUUUCACGGAUUAUUUAAUCGAUCAGUUCGACCUUGUUCAAGCAAAUUGCUCAACAACGCUGCCUUAUAGCACUUCAGCCUCCACCUUAUACGUAGGGACGGCAACGGCUACUACAACCACCAGUGCAACGACGACAACAGACUCAACAACUACGGCGACUUGUCUGGGUCAAAUGGUGCAGCCACUGCAAAACUGGCUCACAUGCAAUGAUCUUUGCGAUACGUACAAUAUAUCAACGGGUGACGCUAGAGUUAUCACUGGGGAUUACGCCUGCUAUUUCAACCAGGCUACCUGUUUCCCCCUUCCAUGCGAGAUCGAUACGGUUUGGGACACACCAAGUUGUGACGAACUUGCUACGAGAUAUUCCAACUCGACUUACAGCGUAACCACUGCUCAAUUCCUCAGCUGGAACACCAAUGUCCAGGGCAGUUGUUCAGGAAUUGCUGCAGGGCAGCGUGCCCGACGAGAAAAAAGCGCCCCUGGAGGCACGUUUCCUAAACCCAACGCGACCAUCACGGCGCCCGGCGCGACCGGCGAGCCUACUUACUACACAGCAGCCACUGCGGCUUAUCCGACCCAAACUGGAACCAUCAGCGAGUGCGGCGACUACUAUCUCGUUGUAGCCGGUGACGACUGCGCUACCGUCGACCUGCGUUUCGGUCUGAACUAUACCCAGUUGCAAGAAUAUAACACGUACCUUGACGCCACCUGCAGCAACCUGUGGCUUAAUUACGACAUUUGCGUCGCCCCUGUUACCGCUCAGACAGUCUCAACGGACGUUGUGAUACUGAUAAUGGCGGCCCGUCUACAAAUGGAGAGUGUGGCCCGAAUUUUGCCGGAAACAAGACCUGCACUGGUACUCAGUUUGGAACUUGUUGUUCCAUAUCUGGUUAUUGUGGAAGCACCAGUGACUACUGUUCUGGGUCAAACUGCUAUAGCGGUGCUUCCAUAUCAGUCCUAG